AUUCCAAUCGGUUCUUGAGCGUUUAUGCGGAAUUGAUAAACACAUGAUUGGCUGCACUUCACGGCAUUAACGAUCACUAUCGCCCUUUUGGAGUCCGGUUUGCUACUGUAAAGCGAACGCAAAUAAUUAAUAUAAAAUGAUUAAUCAAAAAUCAAAUAAGCUGUUCGUGGUGAAACGGGAUGGUCGUAAGGAAAUGGUCCAUUUCGAUAAAAUAACUUUCAGAAUCCAAAAGUUGUGCUAUGGUCUUAAUAUGGAUUUCGUUGAUCCGACUGCCAUUACUUUGAAAGUAGUAAGCGGGUUGUACUGCGGCGUCACUACACAAGAAUUGGAUAAUUUAGCUGCUGAAACUGCUGCUUGCAUGACCACCGAUCACCCAGACUAUGCUAUUUUAGCGGCUCGUAUUGCAGUGUCAAACUUGCACAAAGAAACAAAGAAAGUCUUCUCUGAAGUGGUAACUGAUCUAUAUCGCAAUGAAGAUAAUGGCUUUCCUUCCCCUAUUAUAUCAGAUUUCCAUUACAAGGUUGUAAGAGAGAAUGCUGAUCGACUGAAUUCUGCUAUUAUCUACGAUCGCGAUUUUAGUUAUAAUUUUUUUGGCUUUAAAACUUUAGAACGGUCUUAUUUAUUAAAGAUUAACGGCAAAAUUGUGGAGCGGCCACAACAUAUGUUAAUGCGUGUCGCCAUUGGCAUUCACGGCGAUGACAUUGAAGCAGCUAUUGAAACUUAUAAUCUCAUGUCGGAGCGUUACUUUACUCAUGCUUCCCCAACUUUAUUUGGUGCUGCUACCGUACGCCCACAAUUGUCGUCCUGCUUCUUGCUAACUAUGCCGGAAGACUCCAUUGAUGGUAUUAUGAAGGCUGUAGACCAAUGUGCUAAAAUUUCUAAGUCGGCCGGUGGGAUAGGUCUAAAUAUUCAUUGCGUACGAGCAAAAGGGACAAAGAUAUCUGGUAAUGGUGACGUGUCUGAUGGCCUUGUUCCUAUGUUGCGUCUGUUCAACAAUGUUGCCCGUUAUGUCGACCAAGGUGGUGGAAAACGUCCGGGGGCUUUUGCUAUAUACUUAGAGCCUUGGCAUGCAGAUAUAUUCGAAUUUCUCAAUUUGAAAAAGAAUACGGGUAAAGAGGAAGAUCGUGCACGGGAUUUAUUUUAUGCUCUGUGGAUACCGGAUCUUUUCAUGAAAAGAGUAGAGGCUGAUGAGCAUUGGUCUCUAAUGUGUCCCCAUAAAUGCCCUGGCUUGUGUGAAAUUUAUGGAGAUAAAUUUGAUAAAUUAUACAUAAAAUACGAAGACGAGGGCAAAGCGAAUAAAACAAUAAAAGCUCGUGAUUUAUGGUUCGCAAUAUGCAGUGCCCAAGUAGAGACCGGGACUCCUUACAUGCUUUACAAAGAUGCUUGUAAUCGUAAAAGUAAUCAACAGAAUGUUGGCACUAUAAAAUGCAGUAACUUGUGUACAGAAAUCGUCGAAUAUACAUCACCUGAAGAAAUAGCAGUUUGCAAUCUAGCCUCAAUUGCGUUGAAUAUGUUCGUGACCACAGAUAAACAAUAUGAUUUUCACAAACUCAAAGAAGUUGCCAAGCUUAUAACAAGAAACCUCAACAAGAUAAUCGAUGUCAAUUACUAUCCGCUGUCGGAAACCAGAAAGUCUAAUUUUCGUCAUCGUCCAAUUGGUUUAGGUGUCCAAGGAUUUGCUGACGCACUAAUUUUAAUGCGUUAUCCCUAUGAAAGCGAAAGUGCUGCACGCUUAAAUAAACAAAUUUUUGAAACAAUAUAUUAUGGUGCCUUAGAAGCUAGUUGUGAAUUGGCCAAACAGUACGGUCCGUACGAAACCUAUGAAGGUAGUCCCGUUAGUAAAGGUAUCCUUCAAUAUGAUAUGUGGGAUAAAACGCCUACUGAUCUAUGGAAUUGGUCGGCUCUUAAAGACGACAUUAAAAGUUAUGGAGUGCGCAAUUCUUUGCUGGUAGCUCCAAUGCCUACGGCGUCUACUGCUCAAAUUCUUGGUAACAACGAGUCUUUUGAGCCAUACACUUCAAACGUUUACACACGACGCGUACUGUCUGGUGAGUUUAUCGUGGUCAAUCAUCAUUUGCUUAAAGAUUUGACUGAAUUGGGCCUUUGGAAUGAUAACAUGAAAAACUUAAUAUUGGCACAUCGCGGCUCAAUACAAAACAUCGAAACCAUACCUGACAGCAUAAAAGAAUUAUAUAAAACGGUUUGGGAAAUUUCGGUAAAAUCAACCAUUAACAUGGCUGUUGAUCGCGGCGCUUUCAUCGACCAAAGUCAAUCGUUUAACAUACACGUAGCUGAACCUAGUUAUGGUAAAUUAUCUUCUAUACAUUUUUAUGGAUGGAAGGCCGGUUUGAAAACCGGUAUGUAUUACCUAAGAACAAAGCCAGCAGCAAAUCCCAUACAAUUUACAGUCGAUAAAACUCGUUUAACCAUAAAUGGCAAGUCGCCCGCGAAAAAGGCUGAAGGAAACAACAGUGUCAAAGAAGAUGAUGAAGCAUUAGAAUCAAUCGCAAACAAUACGGAAUCCAAAUAUGAAAGUCAAGUGGCUGAAAUCGUAUGCUCACUAGAUAAUAAGGACGCUUGUUUGUCAUGUGGUUCAUGAGCUAAAGUUGUGUAUUUUUUGUUAGAGAAUUUCGUAAACAAAUACAAACAUGCAUUGUUUAUUACUACGGACAUGUUCAAUUUUAAUAACUAAUUAGGAGUUAUGUUAAUGCUAUCAUCAUUUUACAAUUUGUAUUAACCUCUUAAUAAUUUUCUUGAUUAUUU